ACUCACACUCUUCUGUUUCACACAGCCAGUAUAAGGUCUCCUACCAAACUCCUCUCUUCACUCUGGAGGGAGAUGCAACAAUGGCCUUGAGAACAGCAGGAAGUGUGUUGGUGGUCCUUCUCUUGUCUGUGGCAGCAACUACGGCAACACAGUGUGGACAGAAAAUCCAAGUGAUGGUGUUUCCCACCAAUGCAGUGUGGGGACAGAAGGUGACAGUAACCUGUAACACCACCUGUACUCUGACUGAUAACCCCACCUACAUUUGGUACAAGAACGGACAACGUCUAUCAUCGUCAUCCAAGUCCACAUUGUCAGCUACCAGUUAUCAUUCAGACAUCUACUCCUGUGCUGUAAAAGGCUUUGAGGAUCUCCUCUCUCCUGCAGUGUGUGUUUUCGGUCAUUACUGUUUCAACGUGACUUACACCCAUCAGAGUAUCUGUGCUUUGAAGGGCUCAACAGUGGAACUGCCCUGCACAUAUAGACACCCAAAUAGUCACAACGUUUUAGAAGCAAACUGGUAUAUCCAAGAGAAACGUGAUGAAGUGCUAAAAGUCCUGAACUUGGACCCAGAGCACGCAGACCGUGCUGAGUACCUUAAGACCCACCCAAAAUACCUUGUGAUUCAAGAGAAAGACUGCACCCUGAAAAUCACAGACCUGAGAAAGAGAGAUUCAGCUGAGUACAAGUUCAGAUUUAAAACACAGCACACAGAAUGGGGGUACAGCUUCCCUGGAACAACUCUGACUGUCACAGGUCUGCAGGUGAAGGUGACUCCUGCCACAGAGAAAGGGAAUCUGACACUGACCUGUAGCACCACCUGUACUCUGACUGAGAACCCCAAACCCACCUACAUCUGGUACAAGAACGGACAACAUCUCACCAACUCAAAGACUCUAGAUAACUCCCUGAUCCUAGACCCAGUCAGCAGUGAAGAUGCAGGCAGAUACUCCUGUGCUGUAAAAGGCCACAAUAAUCUCUACACUCCUGAAGAGACUCUGACUGUCAUUUAUCCUCCAAGUAACACCUCAGUGUCAGUCAGUCCCUCUGGUGAAAUAGUGGAGGGCAGUUCAGUGACUCUGACCUGCAGCAGUGAUGGCAACCCACCUGUGGACAAAUACACCUGGUACUUUCAAAAUGAGACUUUAAUAAAUGGAUUCGAACAGAUCUACAACAUCACCAACUUCAGGUCUGAAGACAGUGGACAUUACCACUGUGAGGCCUGGAAUAAAAUGACAUCUAAGAACUCUACAGAUCUGAUUAUUAUAACAGUGAAACACACCUCACUUAUGACUGCAGCUGUAGGAAUCAUAGUUGUUGUUCUGGUUCUCAUCCUCUGUCUCUCUGGCUUCAUGUGGUUCAGGAAGAAGGCCUCCAAACCCAUCGCUGACACAAGGGACACAUUAGACAAUAGACAGGGAAACUCUAGUCCCAUGAAUGACAACAUAUCGGGCAUGGCCAUGACCCCUACUUCAGUACAGAGAGCAGACACAGACAACCAGGAUGACGUUCACUACACCAGCAUCCACUUCUCUGGCUCCAAUAACCAGGAAGUGCCUCUGUACUCCACUGUCCAACUGCCUCAAACCCAGAAAGAGGAUGAGGAUGUCCAAUACGCUGUUGUAAAAUUCAACCGCCCCAGUGCUGCCCCCCCGACUAUAGGGUGCCUGAGGAAGGCCCCCAGCAUCAAGGACCCCACACACCCCAGCCACGAGCUGUUCACACCCUUACCGUCAGGCUGACGGUAUCGGAGCAUGAGGUCUGAUACCAACAGGCUCAGAGACAGUUUAUAUCUACAAGCCAUCAGACUGCUUAACACUUGAACUGGACUGACCACCUGCAAUGUUUCCUCGCACCUUAGCACACAUGAACUCACACACACAAACAUACACAUUCAUGCUACACAUCACAACUGCUGCUACCAGACUCUUAUUAUGAUUGGUAAAUAGUGCACAAUUGAAACACUUGCCCCCCCCCCCUUUUCCCCAGAACACAUGUAAAUAUCGGACUAUAAAGUGUCUUGCUGUGUUAUACUUAAGCUACAAUGUUUAUUCUAUUCUACUGAGACAUUUUCUUUACGUUCGUAUUGUUAUCUUUUAUUAUGUCUUGUUGCAUUAUUGAGAAGGAACCUGCCAGUAAGCAUUUAGUUGGACGCUGUGUACCAUGAGUAUCCUGUACAUACGACUAAUAAAACUUGACACUUUAAAUGAGACCCCAGAAGUGAGGAUGAAUGAUGACAUGUUGCAUCUUCUUUCUCAUCAGACCUUUCUCACAGGAGGACCUUUCUCACAGGAAGCUGAGGAGGUCUCCUCUGUGUUCUAUAGAACAGUCAACGAACCAAGAACUAAGAAGACCUGAACACAAGACGAUCUUUGUUGCAUCCCAAAUGGUACUUUGUUCACUCUAGUGCACUAUGUAGGGAAUAGGGUGCCAUUUUGGAUGCACCCUGAACACCAGGCGACCUGAACAUAAGAUGACUCUGCCUGGGAUUCAAUCAAAUUAUGGACAAGCAUACCGCACUUUAAUUUUAAAGUUAAUUUAAACCAACAUCCGCAGCAUUUAGCGCAAGUGUGAUCUCUGCAAACGUCAGGAAAAUUGUCUUUAAAAGACUUAUUGUCGGCAGAAGACUAUCAACAAACAUUUCACUACACCAACACACCCGCAAUAACAAUGCAAAAUAUGUGUGACCAAUAAACUUUGAAUUGAUUUCAUAUUUAA